AUAAGUUGGUCUUGAUUUAUUUAAAAAAAAUAUGCUUGGCUUUUGUAUUUGAAGAAAAUGUCGCGGCAGUCCAUUCGAAAUACCUCUGCAUUUUACUCAACUAUUUUUAAAUUAUCAUUUAUUUUAUUUUUAUUUACAAAUGUUUUAUUGUUUUACUACCUUUAUGACAGAGAUCAACCACAGUGUUUGAAAGAAGGUACUUGCCGCGUUAAUAAAAAGCAAAGAACUCUUCCUCGUGAAAAAUGGGGCCAAACUGUGUAUUUUAAUAUUCUUCUUGAGAAUUUUUGGAGGGUUAAUCAUGAGUGGAGACUUACACCUGCUUUGAACUCAAGUUCGGAAAAAAUAUUUGCUGAACUUAAUUGUUCAACCCUGAGUGCAGUUAAAGAUCUUCAAUUUGUCGGGUCUGGGUGGACAAAAUCUACUUAUAAAAUCAGUUUAAAUGGUAGAAUAUUAUCUUUGAAAACUGUUAAUAUUGACGGCUACGAUAUAUCAUCGUGCUUAUUAGAGGAGGACCGAUAUUUGUAUGAUUGUUAUCUCUUGGUUGCAUCAAAACUACUGCGAGAAAUUGCCGUUCUUCCAACGAUAUCUCACAAGAAUAUUGUUAAGAUUUUAGGUUAUUGUGUUCCAGCUGAUCCAGAUGUUCAGAAUCCUCAACACACAGUUGCUAUUUUUGAAGAAUAUGGUGAACCCAUCAAUGUCAUCAAACUCUUACAGUUACCAUGGGAAGAUAGGCUAAGAAUAAGUUUGGGUCUGUCAAGGCUUCUAAAUCACUUAGCAUCUUUCCAAGAACCUAUUGCUCUGAAUGAUUUUAGAAGACAGCAGUUCGUUAUUGUAGAUGGAGAACCAAAGUUGAUCGAUGUGGAUGAUGUAGGCCUCAGUGAGCCAAGAUGUGAUGGCAAACCUUGUUGUUCACCAGCAUUGUUGGUUGAGAAUAAAACAAUUUGCAUUCCUUGUGUAAAUAAUGUGUGCCAUGGCUACAAUGAAAAAAUUAAUAUAAUUAGAACUGGGGGUCACUUUAUUAAGCAUAUCUUGCCUCAUGGUGCCCCAACACGUUUAUAUUUUCUAGCCAACAAGAUUACUACUGCAUAUCAGUUUGCUUUACUGGAUGCCAGAAACAUUUUGAAAGAAAUGGAAGAUUUGACAAAUGCUUUUAAGAGUGGCUUAUAUAGAAACAGAAAUACAUCUGAAACAGGAUUCUUAUCUGGUUACAAAACGUAUAACUUCAAGGAUGUAUCUGACGAUUUUGAUUAUAGAUGCCAGCUGACUGUCUCUGGUUAUGGUUGUAAGACAUCUGUUCUUGAUUCUGAAGAAGCAGCAGAAAUUUGCUGGUCUGACUUGAAAUGCAAAGCUUUUGUUGUAACAAAUAUUACUACAUGGACAGGAAGAAGAAUUGCCAAGUUUAAAAAAGGAAUCGGAACUUCUCUUGAUAAUAAUGCUACCACAUUAUUUGUCAAACUGUGAUAUUUUAUAAUUUUUUUAAAGUGUUGUAUUCAAAUAUUGUUUUUAUCACUGAUGCAAAUAUUGUCAAAUGUUCGCAGCUAUGAUUUUGUAUGCUGCAUUUCCUGGUAUGAUUUGUUUGCAUCCAGAUAUAAUACCUAUAUAAUUUUAAAUAUUUAUUUUUUAUUUUUAAUUGUAAAAAUAUUUACCUUUUUAAAAUCUAAGGAAACUGCAAUUUUCAAUGUAAUAUUUUACUAGCAACUAUUAAUUUUUGAGGUCAGAGUUUGAAAGAAAAUUCUGAAUAAUCCUUAAAAAUGGAACAUCAUCUUUCAUUAAGACACAAUAACACGCCGAACAAAUACUAAUUCAAAAGUCAAACAACAAAAUGCUGAUUUUUAUUGUUUGACUUCUGAAUUAGUAUCAUCUUUCAUAUUAAUAGCUUCAUUGCUUAAAAUAUAAAAAAUCAAAUCUUCAUUUUAUUAAACAGGUUAGUAAAUAAAAUAAAAUUUAUAAUAACCUUCUUUUAGUUAUCAAAACUUUUAUUUGAGAACUGUAGUGAUAUUUAUAUGCUAAGCCCUCCCCAGAAUUGUUUAUUUAUAAAAUUUCUGUUAAUAUAUUAUUUUUUUAUAAUGACAGUCUUCUGUUGUAGUCUAUUUUUUUCUUUUUCUUUUUUUUUAAUUUAGUUUUUACAAAAUUAUUUUAUGAUUUUUCUGGAUAAAUCAUCUUUAAAUUGUACUUAAUCUUGAAUUUGUGAAUGAAUGUCAUAUGUUCCAUCAAAAGUUUUAAAUUAUAUUUGUAACAGAUAUAGUUAAAAUUAAAUUGAAACUUCUGAAUUAGCAUGAAGUAUGAAUUGCAAGUUAAUUUGAUUCUUUUCUAUUAUUGGGACCAAAUUCAGAAAUGCACGUGUGUAUAUGUGUGUGUGUGUACAUGAGUGUGAAUGUAUAUACAUACACAUACAUACAUAGAUUUUUUAAUCUGGUUCCAAUAACAGAAAAGCACUGUUCAUUGUUGGUGGGUUACAGAAAAUCUUGAGUUUUUCCAUUCUAUAAUAAGUAUUUAUUUAAAAUUAAAAAUUAUUUUUAAAUAAUUUUACACUUAUACAUUGAUUUAUUAUAUGUUCAUUAUUGCAUUAAUUUCAUUUAAAUCUCUUCCUAGUCUCCCUCGUUUCUAAAAUCAAUGUUACAAUAAGCUGGAAUAAAAAAACAUGUGGGUUGUGGUAGUUCGGGUAACAUAGUUUUAGAAUAAUUUACAUACCAACUUUGGUGUUAUUUUUCAGGUAUUUGCCCCCCCCCCAAAAAAAAGGAAAUGCUACUUAAAAGUGCUAUAAAAUAUGUUAACUUUAUAGUAGUAGUAGUAGUAUAACUUUAUAGUAUAUAUAUCUUGUCUCCUAAAAAAAAAAAAAAAAAAAAAAAAAAAGGUGUUUGCUUUUUUUACUAUACUAGGAAAUUUAUACACUUUUGGAUAAUUGCUAAGGAUGGAUGACAGUAGCAGUGACAGCAACCACAAAAUGGAAGGCUGGAAAAUGUGGAAAUUAGCAAAAGUGUGGGAUACAGAAAGUCCUGUUGUGCAUAUGCAAAUUUUGGAUUGCCAAAGCAGUUUGUCACGUGAUGCUAUCAUAGAGAAGAUAAAAGGAUUUGAUGCAUAUUGACCUUUGUUGUUCAAAAGCAAAAUUUAACGGGAAAGAAUCAAUUGAUGAAUUUGCAAUUUUUGUAUGCCUUCCUGAUGUCACUUAGAUGAUAUUAUACAUGGUCGCAUUAUUGGCCAUAUUAAAAGUGCAAAAAAUAAAACAUUGCUAGGGAGUUUGACGUCAGCCGCUGUUUCAAGGCUUUAGAAAUAAUUUCACACAAAUGGAAUGUGUAGCAAAUGUCACAUAGGAGGUCGUGUUCACAGUGCGAUGGCUGUAGAAAAUAGGUACACUGCUUUAAAAAAAAAAAAAAAAAAAAAAAAAAAAAAAAAAAAA